CUUCAAGGUAACUUCGUCCCUCCAGCACCGCGGCUCGCCCGCUUCCCUUCUUCCUCCCGGUCCUCCUGGGGAACCUAUGGGGCACCGACCUUGGGAAGGCCUGGCCGGGCAGGCGAGGGGUGCGGUGGGGUGGGGUGGGGUGCGGGUGCGGGAGCGGGAGCGCCCGUCCCACUUGUCUGAUUUACCUACAAAUGCUUCUGAUGAUACCUCUCAUUCACUCUGCCCCCUCCCCCCUUUUUCUCCACCUUCUGGGAGUGGAGGCGUUUUCUUGCCCCCCUUUAUCCACUGGCGGGGGCGGGGAAUAAAGGGGGGUUUGGUGUGAGGAGGAUUCUCUAGCAGCUUAUCGUCUCCAGGGCUUGGGGUGUGGGUUAGGAGCAAAGGGAGUAUGUAAGCAUCCCCACAGACAAACCGCUUCCCUGUCUUUCCCUACUUCCCCUUACCCCCUUUGGAUUAUCCUGAGCCAUGGAAAUGCCCGGUACCUGCUGAUUAGAGGAUGAUAAAGCUUCGGGAGCCCUGGCCCAGGGCGAAACCUGUUUCCCUGGGCUUUGCACGGACCCGCUGUUACCUUACGUUCAGUUUUGCAGUGCUCCAGGGUUGCGAUCCUUGACGUUUAUUCUGGGCCUCGGGCAUAAGGGUAGGGAUAUGUCCUCAGCACCAACUACUCCUCCAUCAGUGGAUAAAGUAGACGGAUUUUCUCGGAAGUCCGUCAGAAAAGCCAGACAGAAGAGGUCGCAAAGUUCCUCACAGUUUAGGUCUCAAGGCAAGCCUAUUGAGUUAACACCUCUGCCACUGCUAAAAGACGUUCCAUCCUCAGAGCAGCCUGAACUGUUCCUAAAGAAACUUCAGCAGUGCUGUGUCAUUUUUGACUUCAUGGACACGCUAUCUGAUCUUAAAAUGAAAGAAUACAAGCGCUCCACUCUUAAUGAACUGGUGGACUACAUUACAAUAAGCAGAGGCUGUUUGACAGAGCAGACUUACCCUGAAGUAGUUAGAAUGGUAUCUUGCAAUAUAUUCAGAACUCUCCCUCCUAGUGACAGCAAUGAAUUUGAUCCAGAAGAAGAUGAACCUACCCUUGAGGCAUCGUGGCCACACUUACAGCUUGUAUAUGAAUUUUUCAUACGAUUUUUGGAAAGCCAAGAAUUCCAACCCAGCAUUGCCAAAAAAUAUAUAGAUCAGAAAUUUGUAUUACAGCUUCUGGAGCUGUUUGACAGCGAAGACCCUCGGGAACGGGACUACUUAAAAACAGUCUUACACAGAAUUUAUGGCAAGUUUCUUGGUCUUAGAGCAUUUAUCCGAAAACAGAUUAACAAUAUUUUUCUAAGGUUUGUUUAUGAAACAGAACACUUCAAUGGUGUAGCUGAACUGCUGGAAAUAUUAGGAAGUAUUAUCAAUGGCUUUGCUUUACCUCUUAAGGCAGAACACAAACAGUUUCUGGUGAAAGUAUUGAUCCCUUUACACACUGUCAGGAGCUUAUCACUCUUCCAUGCACAGCUGGCAUAUUGUAUAGUACAGUUUCUGGAGAAAGAUCCUUCACUCACAGAACCAGUUAUUAGGGGGUUAAUGAAAUUUUGGCCUAAAACAUGUAGUCAAAAAGAGGUCAUGUUCCUUGGGGAACUGGAAGAAAUAUUGGAUGUUAUUGAACCUUCACAAUUUGUUAAAAUCCAAGAACCUUUGUUUAAACAAAUCGCCAAGUGUGUAUCUAGCCCCCAUUUUCAGGUGGCAGAAAGAGCACUCUAUUAUUGGAAUAAUGAAUACAUCAUGAGUUUGAUAGAAGAAAACUCUAACGUCAUCCUUCCCAUCAUGUUUUCCAGCCUUUAUAGGAUUUCAAAAGAACAUUGGAAUCCGGCUAUUGUGGCAUUGGUGUACAAUGUGUUGAAGGCAUUUAUGGAAAUGAACAGCACCAUGUUUGACGAGCUGACAGCCACAUACAAGUCAGAUCGUCAGCGUGAGAAAAAGAAAGAAAAGGAGCGUGAAGAAUUGUGGAAAAAAUUGGAGGAUCUGGAGUUAAAGAGAGGUCUUAGACGUGAUGGAAUAAUUCCAACUUAACAAAAACAAUGACAACAACAUUACUAACCUGUGGAGUCACACAUUUAUGUAGUAGAAGAUGGAGCAACAGUUUUCUGUAUUGUGCAACUUUACAGUAGAUUUCACAUUUGUUUCAUUAUUACAACAGCACUGUAUAUACCUGUCUCUAAGUAAAGGAAAAAACAAAAUAAGGACUUCAAUCCAAAGUUUGGACAGUAGAUGGACUUCUCAGAACUUUGCAAACAUAAUCAUUGUUCUAACCCUCUUUUUAAAAAAAAAUCGGUCUUCAAAGAUCUGUUGAUGAAAUUGCUAUGUUAAAAUUCCAUUAUCGGGAGUUCCUUAUUUAUCACUAGCAGAGAGUAUGAUACAAUUUUCAAAUGUGAACAGUCUUAAAUUUAGCUUGUCUUUCUGCUAAGCUGUUAAAUGUAUUUAUAGUAAAGGAAGAAAAAAGACUGUCAUUUCCUUAUAAGUUUGUAUAACAUCCUCCUCUGGAUAACUUGACUGUAAUUUGACAUCUUUUUCUUUUGCACAUCUUCCUGAGUUGAAUGUCCACGUGGAAUGGGGUCAUGAAUUAUAAAAAAGUCCCUGAUAAAAGUUUAGUUUACUGGGGUGAACAUCUUUCCAGUAACCAGGUAGUCCUGGUACUCCUUUAGUUUUAAAAUUAGGAGUUAAAAGAGAAGAGGUGAUAAACAUAGUAGGGAAGGAAAUAUUGGAUUCAUGCAUCAGUUUAUGGUGAAUCCAAAUCAAUGUCUUGAAUCCUUUGAAAACAGGCACUGGGACAUUACAGGCAGUACCUGACCAGUAUUAGUUGCAUAUAUCAUUGAACACACAUACCAGAGAUGUUUUAGAAAUGCGAGAAAAACAUCCUUUUGGACUAUUUGAAAUAAGAAAGACAAACACUAAACAAUACAACCAUGAAAUUGAUCGCCAGGAUUGCAAAUCUAAUUGGGAAAAGAGUUGAGCAAACAGCUUGGACUGUUUGGAGUUGUUGCCUUACUUUUUAAUAUGUAUUUAUAAAGUAUUCCAGCAAAAGAGGAUGUAGCCUCUGGGAAAAAACAAACAUGUUACAGUGUUUUUUGUAGAUUCUCGUUCUAUAUCUCAUCACAGCGCCAGCCCUGUUUUUAGCCGGAAAGGAUUCAGGAUAAACAUUAUUAUGCAUUCUGAAUUGGAUGCAUAUUCCUAACUACUGUAUUUGUUACCAAAAGUGGUUCUACAAAUGCUACUGACAAAAAUCUGGAAAUUCCUAAUGUCCUGAGUAUUAAUAAUAAAGUUUAAAAAUGCUUUUAUAUCAAA